AUGGAUCAAUCGACUCAAGUCAGUUUUCCAAUAUUGGCGAAAAACCACAGAAAAAUGAGAAGGCACAAUACAUCCGCAGAUUUAUUUGAAGCACUACCGAGCAAAGGAAUACCACUGGCAAAUUCAUGGUCGCAACUCAGACCUCUCUCCAAUCGACCUGCAUCGUUGACCUUGACGCCGGAGGCCUACAACAGAUCGAAAAUAGUGUACAUAGAAAGCCCCCUGACGAGGCUAACACAUCCUGGAAUGAUGGAAUCACCUGUGGGGUCUAUAUCCAGAGAAAGGACUCCACCUUUUUCAUCCGAUUCCAGUAUAACCUCUACGGCUGGAUUGAAUUUCAUUCCGUACAGAUCUCUGCCGAAGGUGAAGUUCGAGGAUGACGAGAGCAGUGUAGUAACGCCAAAAACAUAUUGUAGAUGUUUCGAUAUCGAAUCCGGAGUGAACAGUGACAAAAUCCAAUUGGCGAACACGACAGAAGGUCUGUCUUGGAGAAGGCUGCACAUGUCUAGGGCGAAACUGAAAGCGACUGCUACUACCUCAGAACUUCUAUCGGGCUUUGCAAUGAUAGCUAUGGUAGAACUUCAGAUCAACACUCCGACCCACGUCCCUGAAUGGCUGUUUGUGCUAUUCGCAGUUUGCACGACCGUGUUGGUGGCAGUGCACAUUUUCGCCCUGAUGAUAUCCACAUACAUCCUGCCGAAUAUAGAAGCUAUAGCUAAAUUAGAAGUAUGCGAAAUGGUCACCGAAAGUCCCCACGAGAGGAUGAAAGGAUUCAUCGAGAUCGCAUGGGCGUUUUCCACUAUAUUAGGAUUAUUCUUGUUCCUGAUAGAAGUAGCGAUACUAUGUUGGGUGAAGUUUUGGGACUAUUCCUUCACAGCUGCGAUAGCUUCUACGGUGAUAGUGAUCCCAGUGCUGGUGGUUUUCGUAUUCUUCGCCGCCCAUUUCUACCAUUCUCUGGUAGUUUACAAAUGCAACACUUCGAGCCAUGACAUGCAGAAGCUGGAGGACCUCAAAAAACAUUUGGACGAAGUCACCGUGACAGUGUGA